UGUCCGCAGUCUACAUCGUCAAGGUUCGCUGUUGUCUGGUGCGUCUGACAGAAUGUCCGCUGCGUCAGGUUCACUCCCGGGUGUCGCUCCUGGGGAUACUACACUCUUGUCACCACAGCAGCUCGGCGUUAUGGGUAUGGAGGCUCUAGAGACCAGUAUAAACUACUGGGAGGACGCUCUGGCCUUAUACACCACCAAGGGCCCCACCCUAGCUCUGACCAGCGAGGAAGAAGCAGAGUUCUCCAGUGAGCUGCAGAAGUUGGUGGAAGCUGCCUACAGCUUACAGGAACAGUGUGAACUGCUCUUUCUUGACCAGCGCUCUGUGCUGUUCCGUGCCGACAGUUCCGUCAGAGAUGGUCUCUCGGAGCACAGGUCCGGGGACUAUUCCUCUCCAGAGUCGUUUGUAUCAGCGCAGGACCAGGUGGCAGACCUAAGAGAGUUUGAAGAGUUUGUGGACUUGUGUACGGACACAGACCAAUUGCCACUUUACCAGUCUGCGUUGAGACAGUUUGAAGAUGUCGGCAUUCCCUACAGAACUCUAAGAACAGAGAUGGUUCACUGUAGUUCUGACGUGGAAUACCUUUGCAAGCUGCAUUGUAUACGACUUGCAUUCCAAUACCUGUUUAAGGACACCAACAAUUGGACUUGGUUUGCCAACAAUGGUAGACAAGUUCUAUACGACCUACUUCUCUAUGCCGAUAAGGACACAAAGGAUUUCAUGGUGGCGUAUGAAGAGAUGCUGUUGUUCCUACAAGAGAAGGAUUGCUGGGAGGAUGUUGAGAAGGAGUUGAGUGUGAAGGGUGUGAAGGCGAUGACGUUCUACGACGUUGUCAUGGACUAUAUCCUCAUGGACGCCUUCGAAGACCUGGACACUCCUCCGGCUUCCGUCACCGCAGUUGUUCAAAACAGAUGGUUGUCCAAUGGAUUUAAAGAGUCUGCGUUGACAACAGCAGUGUGGUCAGUUCUAAAGGCUAAAAGAAGAAUGUUAAAGUACCCAAAUGGAUUCAUGGCUCAUUUCUACGCCAUUUCAGAACAAAUGUCCCCCUUGAUGGCUUGGGGAUUUUUAGGGCCUGAUGAGGGCCUAAAAUCCAUCUGCCUUUAUUUUAGGGAACAGGUAAUGGGAUUCCUAACAGAUGCCUUCAGUUUCCAAAAAACGAGGUACACGACAGUCGAGGAAUUAGCAGACGACGUUUUCAAAUUCAUCAAAGUCAGAGUAGAAAAUCUCAGUCGAAGAUUAAACUCCAGGGAAAUCCAAGCCAGUGUUUAAGAUGUAACAAGCUCGCCUUCAGAUGCUACACGACUGCUCUGAAGUAGUAGGAACUAAAUAACAGUCAGUCUGUUGGUAUUGACGAUGACUGAAAACUGUAAAUGAUAAGUUGUUAGUUUGUUUUAUUUAUAAGCGCGGUAGCUUGGCUAUGAAUCUUUGAGAUUUAUUAAAUCAGUUCUGUCAGGGCUAUAUAUGAGAGGGAUACAGUGGAUUGACAGUUCCAGGAUCUCUCUCACUUUCUCUCUCUCUCUCUGUCUUUAGACAACAAGUUUCAACUAUUUACAACAGAAUAGUGUAAAGUAAUCCUAGUUCUGCACAGUUUUUCAUUGAUUUGGUUGUAUUUUACUAUUGUCUAUGAAGUGGAGAGGGUUAGAAUAAUGGUUGAGGACAAAGAUGAGAAAGCAAUGUUUACGCCAAUUAUGAAAGUUGAAAGUUUGACACUCUGCUAACUGUAUAUGUGGCAGGUAUUUUAAAAGUCUAACUUAUGUUUUCAAGAUUGCAAAGUGAUCUCGUUGAACAAAAAUAUUAACUUAUGGGUUUGUAUAUAUUUUCUUGUAUAGUUUGAAAGUGUUUUUGUGUUAUUGUUUAUCUUGUUACUGUCCAAAACUGUGAUUUCUUGUUUAUAUUCCAAGCACAAUAACUUGAACAGCAAUAUCCAAUGUUUUUGCUGUUAAACUGUAUAAUGUUGCUAUCUAUAACAUUCCAUUGAUCUUUGUGGUCAAAUUGUACCAUUGAUUUAUAGGCUAUGUUUAUUUCUUUACUAUGAUACACUGCUUGAAUUGCAGUAGGACCCCCUUUACUGGCUCUUGUGUAUUCAAAACCCAGACCCAGGGAACUAUAAUAAUUCAUAAAUUUAUAUAAUGAAUAAUGAUUAUGAAUUCAUACUUACGAGAUUCUCUAGAUAAGAGUUUAGUAUCACUUCAAGCAAACUUCUUUUAUGCUAAAUCCUAUUAUUUGUUGUUUGUAUUGGUACAUACAGAUACAGUACUGCAUUUAUAAAACCAGAGAAAACUAUAGUUCGGCCGCUUAGAAAACGACCUCCUCUAGCAUUGGUUUAGCAUUAGCGCGCAGGUCGCAUUCUAAAAAAGCGGCCGAACUAUUGUCUAGAUCUACUUAAAUGUAAUUCACUCAAUCUCUCCAUUCAGUUUGAAAUGUGUGUUUACCUACGACCGACUUUUUAACUAGCCUUUUCAAUUCAGUUCUUAGAAUUUGAAAAGAUUCACUUUACAGUAUUGUUUACUUACUUUACAGUCUUGUUUUGUAGAGUUUGGAUAGAAUAGAAGUAAAAUUGUAAUGCUUCAAACAUCAAUAUUGUAAUACUUAUCAGCUGUAAAGUCAAAUUUAAUUGACGGAACAAUGAGUUGGGACAAGGUUAUAAAAGAAAACAUAACCUCUCUUAGAAGUUAUGAGUAGUGAUUUUGAGUAAUUAAAAAACUGUCGUAGGUAAAGUAGUGUACGCAACUCGCAAAACCAUGGGAAACGGGGGUUUAUGGGGGGUUUUAUGGGGUAAAAAUCGGUUUUUCCCAUUUUUGACCCUAAAAACAUAGAAUUUUACAAUUUCUUUUAAAACUAUUUUGUAGAACUUAAAAAAACAAAUAAUUUAGUAUGUUGAAGCGUUAUUAUGCGCCUAAUGGUUACGGAAAAAAUUCCUGAAAAAUUUUAAAUUUAAAAUUCUUAUAAAGAAUAAGUAAACUCUUGUAGUUUGCUUGUUUAUGAACAUAUUUUGAUCAAAUUUGGAAGAUGCAUUUAUUUGUUACAAAACUAUAACAUAAAAAAAACAAACACUUUUUUACCCUCCCUUUUGCAGCAAACCUAAGUACUAGUUGUUAAAUUCCAUUUAAGGAAUAAAUAUGGUAUUUUUAAGGAGACAUUUUGGUGUAAAUCCAAUCAGGCAAUUGGAAAUUCACUUAGUCUGCAGGUUUGCUGCGGCGAGGGUAUUGUUUCUUAUCAACACUGAAUUGUUAUUAGGAAGUAGCCUAUAAUGAUAACUAAAAACUAGUUCAAAAUCAAUUUUGAAAAAUCAAGAGUUUUCUAUGUGCUGUACCACUUAUGUCUACUUGUGUCUUUUUAUGCGGUUUUUUACCAUUCAGUUACAUAUCCUGGGUUCUAUCAUUGACUUUUGGAUACUGAAGUAGAUAUAGUCAAAGGUUCUAUUAAAUAGAGAU